AUGAAAAAUAUUAAAGAGAGCUUAUUUUACGUUAAAAUAAAACCAUGUAUUGAAAAGUAUUUGCCAAGUUACACUAUUGAAGAAAACAUAAAAUUUGAAUCUAGCUUGGAAUUUUCUUACGGUAAUAGCGGAUUUAGAGACAAGUUUGAAACAAAAUCUUGUGAUUUAUUAAAUGCUUUAAGUAAAAGUGGAAUAUUUAUAGGAAUACUAUUUAUUAAAUAUAAUUAUGAAAUAAUUAAAAAAUAUAAUAUAUUGGAUCAUAUUUUAAUAAAUGAAAAAAAAGAAUAUUAUAAUUUUCAUAAUAAAGAAAAUAUUAAGUGGAAGAAUGUUGGAAUGAUUAUAACAGCUUCUCAUAAUCCUCAUAACGAAAAUGGUGUGAAAAUUUUAGAUUAUAAAGGAAAGCAAAUUAGUGAAUUAUAUGAACAAUAUUUAAUAGAUCUUGUUAAUAAUCAUUUAAGGUAUUUAGAGAAAAAUAAAAAUUGUUCAAUUGAUGAUAUAUUAGAUAAUAUAAUUAAUUACAUCGCUUACAUUUUUGAAAAGGAAACAAAUCUUGAUAUAUUUGAUAAUAAGGUAUUCAAUAAUAUAAAAAUAUUAGAUGAUAUAAUAUAUAAUUGUAAUAUACACAACAAAUUAAAAGCAAAUGUAUGCAUAGGUUUUGAUACGAGAAAUAGUGGAUUAACCUUAAAUAAUAUUAUUAUAGAAUCGUUAAAUUGUUUAAAUAUAUAUAAAUGUAUAAAUAAUAUGUGUUAUAUAACAACUCCUUGUUUGCAUUUUAUUAUUAAUUUCCUAAAUAACAUUUUUGAUGAUGACAAGAUAGAUACCACUAUUAUUAAAAUUGAUGACUACUCCAUUCAUAAGAAGAAAAAUGAUUUGGAUUACUUAAAACAAUUUAAGUUAGAAAAUAAUAAUUUAGUAAGGAAUUUAUAUUAUUUAAAAAAUAGUAAUAAUAUAUCUAAUGGAGACGUAAAUAAAUUGUCUACCUUGGAUAUAAACAAAGAUAUUUUAAGUAAUAGUAAGUUUCACGAUAAUUAUUUUCAUUUAUAUGCAUAUAAUAGUGACCAAUUUUAUUUUGAUUAUUUUAUAUAUUUGUUUGAAGAUCUUUAUAAUUACAUAAAUGAAGCAUUUGAUCAAAUAUUAAUAAACAAUCGUAAAGAAGAAAAGAUAUAUGUUGACUGUUCAAAUGGUGUAGCAAGCUUAAAAAUUGACAAUUUUAACAGUGUUUUCAAGAUUCUAAAUAAAAGAAUAAUUAAAAUAAAUUAUAUAAAAGAAGAAGAUAAUAUUUUAAAUUUAAAUUGUGGUUCUGAUUAUGUGUACAGCAAAAAAAAACUACCUGUUAAUGCUCCUUCACGAGAGAUUAAUUGUAAAUUUUGUACAUUCGAUGGAGACGCAGAUAGGAUUCUUUAUUUCUUUAUAGAUGAAAAUCAAAAUGAGUACAAUCAUUAUACAAAUGAUCUUAUUGGAAAAAAUACUUUAAACAAUAAUUCACUAAACGAAAAUAAAAUUAAGGAUAAUAAUAUUGUUAUUUUAGAUGGUCCUAAGAUUAUUUGUUUAUUUUUAAAUUGUAUAAUCAAAAUAUUAUUACAUAUUAAGAUAAAUAAAAAAGAAUUAAAUGCAGAGAAGGAUAUAGAAAAAAUAAAUAUUAAUAUAAUACAAACAGCAUAUGUAAAUACUGCCUCUAUACAUUAUCUCAACAAUGUCAAAAAGAAAGUAAAUGAGCAAAUAGAAAUUUUUCAAUAUAUCAAUUUAAAUAUCAUAUGUACAAAAACAGGAAUUAAGCAUCUUGAUAACAUAGCACGAAAAUCUUCUAUUGGAAUUUUUUUUGAGCCAAAUGGGCAUGGUACUAUUUAUACAGAUAUAAACCAGUUGAAUGAAUGGGCUAAGAAAUUAUAUAUAAAUAAAGAUAAAUAUUUUAUAGCAUUAAAAAAAUAUUUACUUUUUUUUAAUCAAACAGCAGGUGAUGCUGUAAUUGAUUUUUUAGCAAUUGAAUUGUCUUUAUCUUUUUUGAAUUUAACUAUAAAAGAGUGGGAUAACUUUUAUAAGCCUUUUCCAUCUUUAUAUAUAAAUAUAAUGUGUCCAAAAUAUAUUCUGAAAAAAUUGAAGACUCAUCCACAUAAUGAACAAUAUCUAAUUGAACCUAAAUGCUUGCAACAAAAAAUAGAUAAAGUAAUUAAUCAAGUAGGCUCAAAGAAUGCUAGAUGUUUUAUUAGACCAUCAGGAACAGAAAGCUUAAUUCGUAUAUUUGCUGAAGCAGAAACAUUUACAGAAAUGAAUGAAAUUUUAGAGAAGGUAAAAGAAAUUACUUAUGAAUAUUUAAACGAAAACCAAAAUUUAUAUGAAUAA